AUGGCUCGUUGUCGGCGGACUUCUUCCCGCGAAAGCUUAGAGGAAGACACUGCUUCUGCUGGCAGGUCAUUGACGCAGCCUUGCCACGCGUUUAAACGCAGAUCCGCCAGGACCGCGCCCAGAUAUGCCCAUGGCAGCAUGACAGAACCAAUGACGGACAAGGCUCAUCAAAAGGUCCGAAAGGCUUGUGUGAGAUGCAGAAUGAAGAAGACCAAGUGCGAUGGUAAGAUGCCUUGUAGAAGGUGUCAGGACGAUCAAAAAAUAUGUACAGCUAGUGCCAGGAGAACCAUUACCUUCAAGCAUGCUCCUAGAGGAUACGCCGAGGUCCUGGAGCAGUCCCAGUAUAUCCUGAUAGAGACUGUCUUCAAGCUAUAUGGCAUGGUCAGGAACUCACAGCCUUGGAAGCUGGCUGAGCCUCACCUGAAUAUGCACGGUCAACCCGUCGCCCAACACAUCGCGAAGCUUCUAGGCUGCGUACCGCCAAUCGCCGACAUCGACCUCCCAGUGCGAUCCAUCUUCCCCGAAGAUGUAGACAGCUUGGAGGAGCUGUAUCACGAGCUGGAAGAACAUGAGAGAUCUGAAGCUGCUACCAUACCCAGCCUUACCAGAGACAAGCAGUUGACUUGCGAUGAAAGUGCGAUAUCGGAACCGCAAGACUCGGAUAUGGAACCUCCGUAUUACUGGGCUGACCGUCAGAAACAGGGUACGGUAGAUCUACGACUCCAGGCUAGGAGUAAUGCCCUGGACUUUGAGGGCGCUAUAGCCGCUAACAUGCAUAGAAAUGCAUUGUUUCCUGACACUCCUCCCUCGUCUUUGACAUGGAAUAGCUACAUCGAUGGGCACACCGACUCAACAAUGUGUCUCCUACAACAGGUCGGCGUAAUGCAGGGUAAUGGAAUGAUCCAGCAGGGUCUGUUGAGACCCGUCUUUGAGGGCGUUGAGCCGUACGGUAUGUCUGUUGCUCUGGGGAUGAGACAUAGAGAGAGAUAA